AUGUGCCACUUUCGUCCAUGUCGUACCCUCGUUCUAGCACUGGUAGAAUACCUGGUCGCUAAAUAUGAGGAGAAGAAGGCGGUGCGACAAGCUAGCGUGAAGACUUUGAAUGAUAGUGCCGAGAGAUAUGUUCAGGAUGGACGACAGGAGACUCGUAGCUAUGAGCUUGGAGCAGUGGAAGAAGGACGGGUGAGGGGGAAUGAGGGAUGGGCUGAUGUGAAGGAGGGGCCGCCGCCGGGGUAUGAGACUGCUGUUGGUUCGAGGGCUUAG